AUAAAUUUCCCUUCAUGCGGCCCUAUUCGAAACAAAAAUAUCCCUUUGCACGUUGUCAAAUAUAGUGAGCAUGUGUGUGUUGUGUGCUGUCGAGGUUAGUUCGAAUUUCGAUUAUUGUUUCCGAAUGCAUGAAUAGCUGACAGUUCGGGAAUAAAAAAAAGCUGUUCAAGCUAGCACAUGGUUUUCUACAUUAUCGUCGAAUGCCCGGUGUGUAUCGUAUUCGCAAAUAUUGUGUAAUUUUUCGUUUUGUCCAAGUUAAAAUCAUCGCCGUUAAACCCCAUAUACGUUCGGCGCAGUGACAAAAUUGAAUUAGUGUUUGUGUGUGUUUUGUAGCAACCAUGAAGGAGCAACCCGGCCGUAAGGCUGGCAUGCUGAUGGACAAAGCCGUGUUCGGUUACUUCAAGCACUUCGUCAGCGAAGAUGAUGGCGUGCGUGUGGAGGGUGCUUGUAAUUUGGUGGCGUUUCUUUGCCAGGACCGAAAACACAACCAACAGAACGGCACCAGUGGUGUGGACGUAGAAACAGUUGUUCCGAAAACGGCCGAAACUGCGUACGCCCUGAAACGUUUAAUACGUGGCGUUGGUUCCACGCAAAACGUCUCGCGUGUGGGGUUCUUUACAGCACUGGUCGGGCUGCUGGAGCGGCUCAAGACCACAGAAGAAGAGUAUCCAAGCGUUACGGAACUGUUUAGUUUGGUCAAAUCAGAGCUAACCGAAUCCGAAGGUGAAGACGAUGAAAAUCAAAAGCAAAAAAUUCGACUCGAACUACGCAUCGGCAAGAUUCUCGUUUGUGGAGCAAUCAUUAAAUCUGGCCUGAUCGAUAAUGCGUCCGAGAUGGAGCUGCAAACCGUGCUUAAAACGUUGCAGCAAAACAUGUACCAAAUGCUCACCCCGUUGGUGUAUGCGUAUCUGAACGAGCUCGCUAAUCGGCUGAGUGCAGCCAUGUUUUCCAGCGUGUUUUGGCCCAUCUUUGAACCGCUGCUGAAUGUGCCGAAGGAAAACCACACGAUAGAUUCGAUUUUCUUCCUACUGCAGCUGUCCAUCGGACCACACAAGAAGCUGAUCAAUAGCAAAUAUUUCGAGCGCAACUUCGGUGUUCCAAAGUUGCUGGAUGAGAACAAUUUUGCGUUUCUGGCCGAGUUGCUGUUUGGAAUUGGAAGUACUAUGGGGAUUAAUCAUCCCUUUUUUGAAUGCAUGCUGGAGCAGCUAAACAAGCAGAAUACGAUGGUACCGUUCUGGCGGGACGCGAUUGUCCCAGUGCUGGAGCAAGAGAAAAACGCCAAACCGAUGCUUCGUGAUGUAAUUGUGCUGCGCACGGUGAUCUCGAUCCUCGGGCGAAUGGAAGAUUACUCUCUGGUACUGGAGGUGCUGCACCCGACGUUUGUUAAGUUUCUGGUAAACAAUCUUAAGAAUCGUUCCAAGCACAGUGAAGAUGUGCUUGCUCUUUACCAAGAAGUGUGUACAGCGUUGCUCGCAUGCUUCCCGAAGAUAAAGGACGAGAAUGUGCGGCUCGCCACGUUCCGCCGGUUGACGAAUGCACCGGGAAGUGUUCUGAUCGAUAAGUAUGCCAACUGUAAGCUGUCAAGCAAUUUGCUCGCUACACUGUCCGCGGAAAGCUUGCGCACUAUUGCAGGCGAACUGCAGACGUUCGUGCUGGAUGAGUCGAUAAGCACGAACGGAGAAAGAUCGUACGCGGCCCAAGUCCUGCAGCGAAUAUUGUCUCUCCGUCAGCUAACGGCGGAUGCGGGUGACAACAAAGAGCAUACAGACGCAUGGCACCAGGAGAUGGUACGGUUUUUCCUUACACUCGGUGUAUUCUACUCGAAAGAUGGAGUGACUGUGCUGAAAAGUGCCAAACACGAUGAAGCAAUUUCAUCCGAGCUGUCCACCACGAUGCGCGGAAUGUUUUUCCAUUCACUCGAGCAUCAUCAUGCUAAACUGUCCAGUGAACGAGCCUUUUUACUCGCUACGGUGCGCUAUGUGGAUGAAGUUUUACGAACGCACGGUAUCAAAUCGCUGCGGAGCACGCUAACGGACGAGCAGAUGAACUGUUGGCACAAGAUGUUUGCCACGGUUGCGGCCGAACCGACAAACAAGAAGCAAAGCAAAAAGCAACCGUCCACUCCUGGAGCCACGCAAUGCGAUACGGUGUUUCACAUUCUGCUGAUGCAGAUGGGGUUGCAUCUGUUCAAUGAUCCGGAUGUGGCCUGCAGUUCGAUCAUCGAGCUAGAGUGUGUGAUGAAGCGCAUCGACGAGAAGAUGAAACAACGUCGUCAAAGUAGUAACGGGGGAGCAAAAGUGAAUGGCAACAGAAGAAAGUCCACUGAUCCUACGAUCGAACUAGAACCGGCCGAACCGGAAUGGAUCGAGGUGGUGGUGGAUCUGUUCCUGAACCUUCUGUCGCAAAAUUCGCACUUGUUGCGCAAGGUAGUUGGUCAUCUGUUUCCGCAUCUUUCGAAUGAGAUAACGCUACCCGCGUUGAAUCAAAUCCUAUCGGUGAUCAACCUGAAGGAUAAAUCGAAUCCGCUGACGGUGAACGGCGACGAUGAGCAUGAAAGUGAAGCGGAGGAAGUGGAUGAAGAGAAGAGCGAUUCGGCAUCGGAAAGUGAGGAAGAAAUGGAGCUAGCGAAUAAUGACGACGAAAAGGAGAAACCGGAAGAUGAGGACGAGGAAGAUGAUGAUGACGAUGAGCUAAUGGGGGAUGAAGAGGAAGAGGAAAACAUUACCGACAAUAUGCGGCAAGCAUUACAGACGGCACUGGGUAAUGCGAAUCCAGAAACCGACACCGAAUCAAUUGAUUUGGACGAAUUGGAUGAGGAGCAGGGUCGUCGUAUGGAUGAAGCACUGGCGGCCGCUUUCCGGGCGUUCCGAAAGUCGAAACCAUCCCGCAAACGAAAGGGUCCAACGAAGGUCGAGAAGCAGAUGGACACCGUGCUGACACACUUCCGGAUGCGGGUGCUCGAUCUAAUCGAUGCGUAUCUCAAGCACGAGCCCGACAUGCUGCUGUGUCUCGAGCUGAUGCUGUACAUUUUCGAGAUGCUACCGGUGGGAUUGCGCGAGAAGUCAAAGUAUGGUGCUAUUCUGAACCGGUACAAGCAAAUCUUCAACACGCUGAUCCGCAUCAAGAAGUUCAAGCGGGAUGCCGAGAGCGUGCGGUUCGAGCAGCUCGAGCAGAUACUGCGUGAUCUGAUCGAAAAGGUCGCCAAAGGGGUUGCCUUCCCGGAGCGCAACCAGUAUCUGCUGAAGGCCUGCCAGUUUAUCGUCAUCUGUAGCCAGGUGCUGGUGAAGCAGGCGGAGGGUGAAACGAAUGCGGUGGAGAAAAUAUUUGGUGAGCUGCUGGCGGAGUUCAUUACCAACCGCAAUCCAUCGCUUGCGUUCGGGGUAUUUCAAAGUUUGUUCCGGAUGCAGUGGUCUGGUGCCUGGCAUCUGGUGGAUACGUUGGUGAAUGGUGGACUAAAGAUGAACACGGUACGCGCCAUUCGUCGAAUACAGACGCUUCAGUUGGUGCGGGAGCUGCUACGCAAUCGACGAUUGAUAAACUCGGACCAGCCACGAUCGACUGCCGCAUUACGCACCAUCUGCAGUGACUCUCUCGCACCGUACGUGACAGAGCUGGAGACAGCAGUUGCCGGUGGUGAUCGUUCGAUUGGACAGAACGAAUUGUACGAGUUACUGCUGGUACUGAAUGAGGUACAAAAUCUUUCGUCCACCGUUGUUAGCAAGAAAGUGGACAAAAAGCAACCGCUGCUCAACUGGGACAAGAUCGGUGCACAAGUACAAUCGAUGCGUCAAUUUGUCAUUAACUCUCAAACGAUGACCACGUAUCGGCAGUUUUGUAAUCGAUUGAAACUAAAGCCGAUCGGCAAUGAAGGGCUACCGGCAGUGAAGGAAAACGGUACCAAUGGUGCCAGUGUAGAAACACCCAACGCUGUGAAUACCGCGAAGAAGGGUAAUGCGAAAAAACGGAAAUCAAUAUCAGAGGGAACAGUUAACGGGGAAGAGGAUGGUACGACUCCACUGAUGAAUGGGCAAGGUAUGAAUGGAAGUGCGGAAGAAGAGGAGCAUCACGACCUAACGAAAUCUAAAAAACGAAAGCGAAAGAACGAUGCAAACGGCAGCGUGGCAGUGAAGCUGCAGAAUGGUGGAGAUGAUCAGGAAAUGGUUGAUACACCCGAUGAUGUGACCAACACAUCCGAGGACACAGGAAGUAAGCGAAAGCGAAAGAAGAACAAACAAGCGAAUGGUACCGCAGCCGAAGCAUCAUCGAAGAACGAAAAACGACGGCGAAAGGAGAUCCGCUUGCUGGCUGCCUCCGAAGGGUUGGAAGAUUUUUCGUUUGCUAAGACAAAAGUGUUCGAAUGAAGCGAGCGUAAAAUGGCACAGCUCACACCCAAGUGCGUGUGAUAAGUCGCGUACAAGUUAGGUUUCCCUUCUUUUUUUUGUAAGUGAACAUUAUUAAAUAUCAAGCUACUCGAUAAUUGUUCGCGUUUUCUUAUUUUUGUGCAGUGUCUUCAUUCUUUUCCGAACGAUUAUUGUUCAAGAAUGUGAAACGUGGACGGUGCGUUGUACCAACUGCAUUUACCUUGUACGAGGGUAACUCAUAUCUAAAGUUAGAACUUGAUUUACGAAAUAAAUUCAAUGCCAUAAUUGGAUGGUUUCCCACUUUAAA